AUGUCCUCAAUUGCACGUCCCCCAGAUCCCUGCCUAGUGGCAAUUGUCUUGAUUGUCCGGUCGCGAGCCGGUCCUCGCUUCGUGUUCCAUUACCCUCCCAAUCCGCUCAGCGAGAAUGGACUACGAUCCGCCGCCGCCAAAGCGCGCCGGGCCUCGCGAACCAGGAGCAGACAAGGUUCAAAGAGCAAUGAUUCAAUUUCCAGUGAAGAUAGUCGAUCGACAUCCGAUGAGGACGAGGAGGAACAUCAUACACACAGCCAAAAUCCCAGCGUAACUCACCUGGCCGGUAGCGCCGUUUCGGCGACCACCGGUCGGCGGUCGAGUAACUUCGGCCUGGACAACCAUGGAUCUAUGUCGGUUUCACCGGGUGGUGACUCCCAGCGGGCCGGAUCCGUCAGUUCGAACCGCAAGUUAUUGAGAAAGCGCGGGGGCGCUUCCGACGUGGAGGACGACCCCGGAGCUGCGUCGGAUAGACCGGAGGAUGGCCCGGGAGGAGGAGCAGGAGGAGGAGCAGGAGGAGGAGGAGGCGGGGGACCUUUCCGUCCGCCGUGGGAGUCAAUGCUUGGUCUCCCUGCAGAUGUGUGGGAGAAGCUACUGAGUCCAUCACGAUCGUGGCAUAAGCGGCGCUUUGAGGUCGGGAUCAACGAUCUGGCUUUCGUGGGGUGGCCCGUCUUUGUUCGUGAAGAGGGAACAUGGAGGAAGCGGCGGCGAAAGCAGAAGAAACCGCGGGCGGAGUGGGAAGGAGGUGAACUUGGACACAAUGAGAAUGUCGAGGAUACGCAGGACGAUGGCGGAGAUGUGAUGGCAGCGUCAUCGGAGACUUUGAGUCCGAGCUUAUUGACGGCCGCUGAAUCCCAGCGAGCGUCAAUAGCCAAUAGUAGGACCGGAUGGACAGCAGGUGAGUCGCUGGAUGUCGAGGAUAAGGAUUCGAUGACGAUGUUUAAUGUGGUUUUUGUGCUGGAUCCGCCCUUACUGGAAUACUCCAUGCGCAUCCGCGAAGUAUAUGACAAUAUCAUCAAGAAAUUCGCCAAAGCUUUGAAAUGGGAACAGGCUCGGACAGACUAUGUCUGGCGGGAGGCCCAGAACAUCUCUCAUCUCAAAGAGAAGGCAAAGGAGAAAAGAACAUCUAUGAAUACCCUCUACUCGGAGCUCAUUAGCCAGUCGUCGCUGGCCAGAGCGAUAUACACGGUGUAUUCUAGUAUCUCGGCAUCUAAGAUUGCUUCUGUCUCGUUGAGCCCGGACGUGUCCAUCUCCCUCCAGAUUCCUCCUCUGACCUCGACACCCUAUCUUCCUGGUCCAACCGAUAAGGCUUUUCCUGGUCUCUGGCUCACCACAGCCGACAGCGUUACUCCAGCGGAUGACCCAGCUGCCGACGAGAAUGCCGCACCCCAUCAGGUGCCCGCCAAACAUUUUGCGCUGCUUUUACUUGACAACGAGGCCACCAUCCUCAAAGACGUUGAGUCAUCUGGGGGUGCCUUGGCCCCCGCUCUUGCUCAUUAUAUUCGGUGUACAAAGCCGACGAAGUCAUUUGCCCAAAUAUCUGCAUCGUCCGGGAUUCCUCUCUCAAUGAUCCAAAUGUUGGCGAGCCAUCUCGUGUACUGGAGACGGGCACGGGCUAUACCGCCAAUCCACCAACGGGACACUUUCAUUGUGUCCCCGAACUGUGAUCUCAGCAAACUCGAGGUGGCUACAGCCGCUUACCAGGCAGCAUUUCCCACGCUUCCAAGUCUCCCAAAGAUGUUGUCGGCCAUGAGUGGGACCCCCAGACCGUAUGGGAGCUUUAUCCCCAGUAAAGAUCACAAAGAAACGUAUUUCGCCAUAUUGGCAUGGCUACUACGUGGAGGGUGGGUUACUCAACUUCGCUCGUUCGCAAGAGUUAAAGUCACCCCGGAAAUCAAAAUGGCCGUUGAGACGGCUCUCCGACGGGAGGAGAUUGACAAGUACCUGAGCAAGCGGGAGACCACCACUAUUUCUUCCGAUACAGCUCAACAGCAUGACGAUUUUGAUGAUACUAGUUCAUCCUCGUCAUCCUCGCUUGCAAGCCAAGGCAGCGGUGAAGAAACUCCAAUACCAGGCCGGAACACAGCUGACACUGACCUGCGUAUGUCCCAUUCACUGUUAGACCGAAACACGUCAUUGAAAACGUCGUCACUGAUUCUGUUUCCUCAUCGUGCCUCGCCGCUAGAAUCUCGAUGGCUGGAUGAGAUUGUGGCAAGAUUCCCCCAACACUCUCGGGUCUCGGGCCGUGGCUGGGGAGGCAGACCCAGCGGUGAUAUUGCAGAGGGUGACCCGGAAUAUGCGGGACUUCGAAACUCACUAAAGGAGUACUGGCCGAUUUAUAUCAAAUACUUUAACGGGUAUGACGCGCUCGAAAAGAUUCCCGUGCGAGAGAAUCUCAAGCGCAAACUGGUCUGGCAGGUCCUUACGCGUCUGGGAUUAGUGACAAGUUCUCAGCCAUCCAUUGAAUUGGAUCCGGCUGAACAGGUCUUGGUCAGCGUACGACAUUGGUAA